AUGGCCAAACUUGCUGUUAAAACCAUCUUCAAUAUACCUUUUCAUCACAUGCCCAAUCCAAACCGCUACGAACCUGAAAAUAGCAACAAAAACCUGAUGAUUCUUUGUUGGACGUGGAAGCCAAAUGAAAAUGAAAAUGAAAAUGAAAAUGGGAUGGAAGCCAAUUGCUGGCAGAUAUCUUCUUCAUUGGACGUGGAAGAAGUGCCAUCAGCACACAGUUAUGCUCGUCUUCAUGUUCUUCGACCCGUUUCAUCGAUCUUCUUGCAUCAAGUCACCGAUCCGCAACCGCUUCAAGAACCAACUUCAUCAUCAUCAUCCAAGCUUCAUGAAUUCUAUACAUCAACAACAACAUUGAAUCUGUAA